AUGGCUAUCUACUCCCUGUACCUCAUCUCCAAGUCGGGGUCGCUGCUCUACCAGCGAGACUUCAAGACAGCGGGCUCGCCAAUCACGAAGCAGAAGUCGAACGACUACUUGAUCAUCGCCAGCAACCUGCAUGGGAUCCACGCGAUAGCGUCGAAGCUGACGCCGGCAGCGGCCCGGGGCAGUCUGUCGGGGAACACGGGCGGUGGCCGGAAAAACACUGGUGGAGGCAUCAAUGUGCACAGCAACAAGACAGGGCUCCGGUGCGUGAACACGGAGAAGUUCAACAUGUUUGUCCACCAGACGGUCACGGGCGUCAAGGUCAUCAUUCUGACGUCGACGGACUUGAGCGAGCCCCAGAUCGCGGGCUUCCAGACGACGAUCCACCGGCUCUACGCGGACUACGUCAUGAAGAACCCCUUCUACAGUCUCGACAUGCCGAUCCGCAUCAAGCUCUUUGACGACAGGAUUAUGAGCGCUGUG